GGCGCAGCCCCGAACUGGGCCGUCACAGAGACGGCCGCGAACGACUGCUUCGAGAUCAUCGCGAAGAAGCGGCAGGAGGAGUUCGAGUUCGACGACGCUGCCGCCCAGAGCUGGGCGACACAGCAGCUCGAGGCCACGCUGCGGUCGCUGGCGCGACACAUGUGCGACCCUGCGCGCAGGGGGUCCAAGGGCCUCUCCGUGCCGAAGUGGUUGAAGGACCUGCGCCAGGCGCAGGACGCCCUCGGAGAGGCCCCGUGCUCGGCAGCGCCCUCGGGCUCAGGUCGGAGCACCGCGCAGAUCGGGUACGACCCGACCUCGACGCCGCCCGUGGCAUGGAGGCUGCAGGGCUCGAGCACGGUGCCCGAGACGACGACCGACAUCUUCCACGAGAACAUCGACGAGGCCAAAGACCACGAGAUGAUGUCGGCUCGGUUCCACGACGGCACCGUGCACCAGCUGGCCACAUACACGGUGGCCCAGCACAAGGCCGCGCAGUCAGGAGUUGACAAGAUGAAGACGACGAAGUUCAAAGGAUGGCGACAACAGACUGCAGGUGGCGCCGAGGUCAAGGUCGUCGAGAAGUCGCUGUACAAAGUCGGCGACUACAUCACCAAGGGCAUGAUCAUGACGGUGGACGGGUCCCAGAAGUGCCAGCUGGCGUACUGCCACUACGACAGGGAGUUCGCCAAGACGUGGCUCGAGAAGAUGGCCGCCAAGUUC